UAAGUAGAAUUUGACGAGCUAUUACCAUUUCGAAAUAUAUCCCGUUGAGCAACGAGCACUUUCAGGUCUUAUGUGUCAAACAUAUUACACCUUUCGUAUUUUCAAUUUACACAGAAGCAGCACAAUGAAGAUAACCACAGCUUCCGUUCACGUUGUAUUGUUCCACUUCUUCUGCUUCGUAUCGUUCGUGCCAUCGGCAUCAAUUCCUGUCCAAUGCAAAAUACCAACCAAUUUGAAAAUCCUGUAUGAGAAUAUUGCCGAUAUGCCACAAAUAGGAAGUGACCAGCUCGCAGUAACCGAUGAGGAUAAAGCUUGCCCAAAAUCUUUAUUCUUUACUGAUAUCCGUAAGCGUUCUACCUGCCCUUGGUAUCUUAAAUUGGUCCACGAUUCAUUAGUUUAUCCUCCGUUACGUAUGGAAGCUGUAUGUCGCUGUCUAGACUGUCUAGACUCUGACAGCAACCAUCUAUGUGUAACUGUAUACACAAAAACGACUGUCCUCAAACGUACAGGUGAAUGCGUUGAUGGAGAAUAUGUGUAUAAACCAAGUGUGAUUGAGAUAGCUACAGCCUGCGUCUGUGCACGAAAGAUCGAUGUGCAGCAGAGAGAUAAUGCAAAUCAUUAGUCGUAAAAAUCAGCUAAAUACGAAAUUAUUCAAUGCGUGUAACGCAAAUGUUAUUCAUAUGAAAUUAAAGUUGACCACCGUGUGGUUAUUAUAGUUUACCUGCGCGCGCAAAGACAAAUACAUACACAUAUUUCUGUCUGUCUGUCUAUCUAUCUAUCUAUCUAUC